AAGCAAUAAGCAAUACAUAGUAUUGCAAGUACUCAGCAGUUUAGCCUCGGUUUCAACCAAUUUUUAGUUUGGCAAGGUCUAGCUGGGCUGAAUCUGAGACCCCGGUGAACAGCUGGGCUCAAUCACAUAGACCUUGACCAUAUCUAUCAAAAUUAGAUAAAAGAAAAAAAAAUUAGAUAAGAAAAAAAAGUUGAAAAGAAAAAAAAGGGCCAAAUUAUACUUGGACCAAUGGCGUCGAAGCUCGAUUUAGUCCUUUUCAUGAUUUCUUUCUGCAUACUGGUUCCAAGCCUGAGAGCAUCCAUUGCUAACGACAGCAACGUUGGUCAGUUUGAUGCUGUCUGGAAGGAACGAGAGCUGAAAGCUGAGAAAGCUGCCCUCAAGGCCUAUCAACCCAACCCUGAAAAAGUUACCGAUGACUUCAACGAAAGUGUUCAAGAGUUCGAUGAUUUAAACUUUGAAGAUGAUGAUCAGGUAAGCAACAUCACAGGGAGGCAUCUACUGGGGAAAAAAUACAAAGGGCCCUGCAAGGCCACAAACCCAAUCGACCGCUGCUGGCGAUGCAGGAAGGACUGGGCCAACGACCGGAAGAAGUUGGCCAACUGCGUGAAGGGCUUCGGGCGCAGGACACGUGGAGGCAAGAGAGGGGGAUUCUACGUCGUCACCGACCCUUCCGACAGCAACGUCGUCGACCCCAAGCCAGGGACUCUCCGCCACGCCGUCAUUCAACCGCAGCCGCUGUGGAUCAUAUUUGCACGCAGCAUGACUAUCAGGUUGACGCAGGAGCUCAUACUGACGAGCCACAAGACAAUUGACGCACGUGGGGCAAAUGUGCGCAUUGCUCAUGGUGCUGGGAUCACGCUCCAGUUCGUCCAGAAUGUCAUCAUACAUGGGCUCCACAUACACGACAUUGUUCCGGGAAGCGGCGGCACGAUCAGGGACUCUGUGGACCACUUCGGGACCAGAACACAGAGUGAUGGAGAUGGGAUUUCCAUUUUUGGGUCGUCUCACAUUUGGCUCGACCAUCUGUCUAUGUGGAACUGCGGUGAUGGGCUCAUCGACGUCAUCCAAGGCUCCACAGCCAUCACCAUCUCCAACUGCCACUUCACCCGUCACAAUGACGUGUUGCUGUUUGGGGCGAGCGAUUCGUUUGCAGGGGAUGCGAUCAUGCAAAUUACGGUUGCGUUCAACCAUUUUGGAAAGGGAUUGGUGCAGAGAAUGCCAAGAUGCAGAUGGGGAUUUAUCCAUGUUGUGAACAAUGACUAUACACACUGGCUCAUGUAUGCAAUCGGAGGUAGCUCACACCCAACUAUUAUCAGCCAGGGUAACCGUUUCAUAGCCCCACCAAACCACGCUGCAAAGGAGGUGACGAAGAGGGACUAUGCGCCGGUGGAUGUGUGGAAGAAUUGGCAAUGGAGAUCAGAAGGAGAUCUCAUGUUGAAUGGAGCCUUCUUUGUUGAAUCUGGAGUUGCUAAAAAGAACCAUGGAUUUGGAAAGUUGGACAUGAUGACUGCAAAGCCAGGCACAUUCGUUACAAGGCUCACACGCUUUGCAGGUACACUUGGUUGCAGGGUUGGCCAAAAAUGCUAGAUUUCGUGAUCCAUCCAUAUCCAUCUAUAUAUACUAACUGUCAGAAGAACCGAAAUGAAAUUAUGCCGGCCGGAAGCUCAAGUGUGAUCGAUACUCAAGUGCCGAUGAAGAAAUAAUGUUGAUCUAAUUUAUCUACUUGUCUUGUUUUUAUUUUUACUUUGUCUUUUAAUCUAAAUAUGCAUUGCAAAUCCAAGGGUUAUCUUGGAGUACUAUUAUACCCUAAGCAAUAAAAAAGAAAAGAUAACCCUUCGAUUUGUACAUACAACUCGGAUUGAAGGUCAAAUAAAGUCGACAAAACAAGGAGACAAAAUUGUAUAGAAAUGUUGUUAUUGUUUAUUUUGUUUUAAUUAUAUCUUUAAGCA